AAAAAAACAGUCUGCCUCAUCAGCUCAGUUCCGCAACCGUCGCCCGCGGUUCGGGGUCACGGAUGUAAACGGUGUAAAUCAGAGUCAAGGUGGUUGCGCAGAUACUUCGUGACGAGCGCCCGUCGUCUUACUUUCCCCCCCCUCCCCUCACACGGACCCGGUGGAGCGUAAAGAGGCUGAAAGUAAACAGCGAUUGAAAGAAGAAGAAGAAGAAGGAAGAGGAGAGGAGGAGGAGGAGGAGGAGGCUGCCGUGACCUCGCGUUGAAUGGCAGUUAUUCAAAAAUAUGGCAAGAGCUAUAGUCCAGAUUUGGUCUGUCACAAGGAAAACCACCCGCCCGACAAGAUCGCAGCCCCUGGAUGCCACAAGAAGUGGACUGAGCACAACACACACUGGCCCAGGCCAGUGGCGAGGGUAUGGACAGUGGUGCUGCUGCUCGGGACGUGCCUCCUGUACUGCGCCCGCGUGGCGAUGCCCAUCUGCUCCGUCACCAUGGCGGAGAAGUUCGGCUGGACCAAGAGGGAGUCGGGCAUGGUGCUGGGCAGCUUCUUCUGGGGCUACUGCUUCACCCAAGUGUUCGGAGGCUACGUCAGUGACCGAGUGGGCGGUGAGAAGGUCCUCCUGCUGUCUGCAGCAGCCUGGGGGUCGAUGACAGCCUUCACACCCAUCCUGGCCCGCUUCUGCUCCCAGCCAAUCUUCUCCAUGACGCUGGCCCGCUUCCUUAUGGGCCUGUUACAAGGAGUUCAUUACCCGUCUCUCGCGAGUCUGUGCUCUCAAAAGGUGGUGGAGAGCGAGAGAGGCUUCCUCAUGAGCACCGUGGGCAGCGGCUCCUAUCUGGGCACUCUUGUGAUCGGUGGGGCUGGCUCCCUCAUGUUGGACCUGUAUGGCUGGGAGAGUGUUUUCUACGUGUCCGGUCUCCUCUCAGUCUUGUGGGCCUACUGCAUGUGGAAAUAUCUACUCAAAGGAGAAGGGCCUAUCAUCACCCUCGAGUCCCUGGGAAGUGGUGGGCCCCAGUCCAAACUGUCCAAGAGACAUUGGCUACGGCUCUUCAAACAACCUGCAGUCUGUGCCGUGAUCGUUACACACCUUUGCACAGCGAGCACCUUCUUCACCCUUUUGUCGUGGCUGCCAACAUUCUUCAGAGACACGUUCCCCGAAGCCAAGGGUUGGGUGUUCAAUGUCAUUCCCUGGUUAGUGGCCAUACCCUCAUCCCUCUUCAGUGGCUGCCUGUCUGACCACCUCAUCAGUCAAGGCUUCGAUACAGCCUCAGUGAGGAAGUUGAUGCAGUUUUUCUCCAUGGGUGUGUCCAGUGUGUUUACCCUUCUUCUAUGUGGCAACACCACCUUCCCAUGGGCUGUAACAUUUGUGUCUGCCACCAUGGGCCUCACCACCUUCAGUCACAGCGGUGUAUCUGUAAAUGUCCAAGAUCUUGCUCCAUCCUGUGCUGGAGCAUUAUUUGGUGUUAUGAACACAUGCGGUGCGUUCUCAGGGGUCCUUCUGGUGUAUUUCUCGGGGUAUCUCAUCGAGGCCUCCGGCUCGUGGGCAUCUGUGUUUGCCCUCAUCACUACGGUCAACUUGCUGGGCCUCUGCACCUUCCUGGCUUUUGCCGAGGCCCGCCGGUUUGACAUUGACUAUACUAAGGUGCGCCACCACAACAUCCACAUCUAAAUCAUGAGUCAUCAGUGGGACCAGAAUGCAAUUCCCACGGCAACCAGCAGCUCGGACACUAUCCGCAUUGGAGAAUUGGCCAAUGGAUGGCAAGUGGCACAUGGAUAAAACCUGCACAUAACAUCUGGGAAACACUGACCGACAUGUCUGGUUGAGGAGGAGGUACUACAACAGUCACUGAAAAAGCACACAGUCCGAUACAGAGUCCGCACAAUGUUACUGAACAAAAACUUAUGGAGCUUGAGUUUGAAUCCUAGAAAAACACACGGCCUCUGUCACUUCAGGGAGGAUGUGGAAUGGGAACGGUAUCUGGAGAGAAGAAAAAAAAGUCCACACUACCUCCAGGUCCCAGCUUUGUGCAGCACAGGGAAGUCGCACUCUUGCUGGCCUACUGGUUACACUUGUUACAGAAUGUAUGACUUAGGACCGUUAUAUGAAAAACUGUAGCUCCACUUUUUUUGAUGAGUCGCGUUGAAGGAGCCGUGAGACUGAUGGAUGGGUGAGACAAGCUGUGACAGACGGAGGUAGCGUGUUCUAAGCCCGGGGGAAGCCGUGUUUUAGCAGCAGUGAGAGUCCACCAUCCCGUACCUGUAGUCUUUUAUUAGUUUAUCCCACUCACCCGUCUCCACGAGAGCCGUCAGCCUCUAAUUACUUGGCAGGUGCUUUUAAUGUCCUGCACUAUUUACCUUCUACUGUCCCCAUCUCCAUGGUUACAAGCUCAUCUUAUCGUUACGGUUCAGAGGGGGGGUCACGAAGAAGCUUUUUUUGUCGGCAAGGCUUUGACUACACAAAUUCUCUCUUUGAUUGUUGUCUUGACAGAAUGUUUUGAAUCAGGAGACCAAAGGUUAUCGAUUAUUUUUUACUUUCUUUCUGUGUUUGCAUGGCAUAGAAAUACCUCACUUAAUUAUUUUGGCGUAAUAUGCAUAUAUAUUUAUAUGACAAUGACUCUUUCUUUUUUUAGAGAAAAAAUAUAUGCCAUUAAAUAACAGAAAAAGAAAUAUAUUAGAAAUCAAAAUAUGUAGCGUGGACUCCAUAUAAUCAUCUCCGGCCUUGUUACUUAAAAAAAAAAAAAAAGAUCCGUCCUUAUUAUCACACUUUUUACACAGUUUAGGGUUUUUUACAUAGCCUCUAGACAGGAAGUGAUGUCAGUAUUUUGAAAGGAGAGCAGAGGAGAGAUCCAAUUAACUUGUCUCUGUGGUCUCAGAUGAAUUUCAAAUACAGUUGUCUCCAUUCUACACUCUUGACACGAUCAAUUCAAUAUUGCAGGCCAGGUGAGAGGACGAACAGUUGAGGAACUGGAGAGCAUUCGGUGGAAUGUCAUUUACUGCAAAGUAUGUAGCCGCAUAAAGAUGGAUAUGAUUGUUUGUAGCAUUCCGCCUUUGCGUUCACAAAAGUUUUGCAACUUGUGGUUUACAUUUAGUCCAUGUCAUGUCCAGUCUAGAUGCUUACCUUGACAUAUGUAUACCUUUUUCUUUAAACCUAUGCAUUUAAUAUAUUUAAUUUAAGCAAUGAGAGAAAUGCUGUGCUCACAGUGGUCACACAGCGUCGGUGAUCGUUGCACGUUGUUAUUAUUUUCCUUGGUUGCGGGAGUAUUGUUGCUUUUGCUUGCCCUUUAAAUUGUUUUCUGCAGGCACUUGGAAGUGUGUUUCUUGGUUGAACAUGUUGUCUUUUCAAUUCUAAUAUGUGGAAUUUAACUAUAUAGCAUAAUUGACAUCCGAUCUGGAAUUUCACGUCAAUGUCAUUUUUUAUCUGUAUCGUAUUUAUCAUAUUGUACACAAAUUGUAUGCGUAGACCUUUUCAGAUUUAAAAUAAAGUUUAUUUAUGUAAGACUGGGACACAAAAUAAUCAGCCUUCAACAUUUUUUUACAGCUUUUGCCAAAUUCACUGACAUGUUUAAAUUGCCUUCAGCAGAUGUGCAUUAUUUGCAGCAGCCUUCACUGCUUGUCCCUUCUUUUUUUUCUGUUACUGCGUCAAUGUCGCCCUGCAGAAUUUAAACAUUUUCACGAUGUAUGGCUAAGGUUCUGUUCACUCACAUAUCUCACCGUGGGUUCCUGAAAGCCGUCUGACAAAUAGUUUUUGAUAAUGUGUAAGGUGUGUAAAAUGUAUGAUUAAAAGAAAAAAAUGCAAGGAUACGCAAGUAUUCCAAUGCUUUUGAGAUAUGUUGUAUCGAAAAGCAUAUAUUAACUUUGAAUAAAAAUAUAUUUUGUCAGCAUUA